AUGUCAUCAUAUCUUCGCAAUGAUAGACUACAAGAGCAGCAAAGCCAAUUGGAAUACAAGGCCAUCAUGAUGAAUGCGGACUUUAAAGAUUAUAGAUUUUACAGUCGAAUAGUCAUCGGAAUCGGAAAGACACUCGAGACUACCGAAAAUGCCAAGCUACGGGAUCAGAACCAAGCACUGAUCGACCAUAUCCAUUCCAUCCGACACACUCACGUAUCUGCUAGAGCGUCACCAGAGCCUGAUGAUGUUAGCAGUAGGAUUCUAGACGAAGAUGAUUUUUUCAUAUUUGAAAUGGAAGAUUAA